AUGAAGCUUAGCAGUUUUAUCAUAGCCGCUGGGUUCCUAUCCACCCUCUCAGCCGCCGUUCCUGCGCCGCCUGGUCUGGCCUUCGCCGAGGCGGGCGUCGUUCCUUUGGUUGGCACCAGGAGGCUCGAGGCCAGGAAUCCUCCUCCGACUGCUACUACGAUCGAAACCGUCACAACUCCAACUGCUACUAUGGUCGAGGCCAUCACGCCUAGGAGUCCUCCUCCUCCUGCCACUAUGAUGGAAAGCCAGGCAACAGCAAUGAUUGACUACAAGCCGCUGGACGACACACGCAACGAAAUCCGGGUGCUCUCACUAUGCCCGGAGCAGGCAGGGCUCGUGCGGUGCAGGCUGGAGCACGUCUCGCUGGACGAGGCGCUGGACGACUACUCGCAAUUCGUCGUGUCGACGCCGCCGACGCUGUCGCGGCGCAACAGCUACGACCUCUGGCAUGCCGAGGCCAACGACCGCUAUCAUCAUCACCACCGCUCGCUAGGCGGCGGAGCCGACACGCCGCCGGACCGAGCCUCUGCGCACCCGCGCUACUACCGCUUUGCGUGGGGCGACUACGGCGCGCUGAGCUACACCUGGGGCGACCAGUCGCAGACGCGGCCCAUCUUGCUGAACGACACCGUCUUCCACGUCGGCCGCAACCUCGAGGCCGCCCUGCGCCGGCUCGCGCGCCACCCCGACUACGCCGACGGCGGGCUGAAGCUAUGGGUCGACGCCAUCUGCAUCAACCAGCGCGACCUGCGCGAACGAGGCCGCCAGGUGCGCCGCAUGGGCGAGAUCUUCAGCCGCGCUCUGAUCGUGACCAUCUGGCUGGGCGAGCUACAGUCCACCGACACCACUGACGGCAUGGCGGAGUUGCAGACGCUGGUGUCGCGCUGCCGCGACGAUUCCACGACGAAGGCCGCCGUCGAAGAGGCGCUGAAGAAGGAGGACCGCGAACUCGGCUCGGCGCUGCACGCGGCCGUCGAGCGGCUCGUGACGGUGACGUACUGGACCAGGACGUGGAUCAUCCAGGAGAAGUGCCUGGGGCCGUUCAACGCGUCGCUGCUGUUCGGGCCCUACGUCUUCAGCCUCAUCCCGCUGCGCAACUUCCUCGCCUGCGCCAACAACAUCGCCGGUGCCAUCCGCAAGCGCGAGAGCGCCUGGCAGAUCCUCAAGCUCAUGGAGCUCGCCGUGCGCCACCAGGAGCGCCAGCAGCUGGCAGAUGCGGAGCAGCAGAAGCGCGCCGACAUGGACGACCUGGGCCUCCUCCUCAUGCUGGGCCGCCUCGCGCACACGACGGACCCGCGCGACAAGCUGUACGGCCUGCUCGGCCUGCUCCCGCGCUACGUCUCGCGCCACAUCGAGCCCGACUACACAUUACCCGUCGAGCGCGUCUUCGCCGACUUCGCCGCCGCCCUCGUGCGCGGCUUCGACUCGCUCGACCUCGUCCUCGCCGGCAACUCGCCACCCGCCUCCCCUUUCGCCUCGCCCCUCGUCGACGCCGUCCCCAGCUGGGUGCCUGACCUCGCAGACCGCUGGGACCCGUACCUGUGGAGCACGAACUGCGACGCCACGCCCCACCAUCCCCGUCCGCUGGGCUUGUCGAUCGAGGAUGAGGGCCGCACGCUUGUUGUGAAGGGUGUCGUUUGCGACGUUGUUGCUGGCACCGCGCCGCAGCUCGGCUGGGCUGCCGGCGUGCUCAGCGUGCUGCUGCCCGCGCAGCAGAUUGAGGAAAUGGUGGUCACCACGCCGCCGCCGCCUGACGCAGACCUCAAGACGGCCAUCGUGCGCACACUCCACCGCGACGCUACGCUCGACUGCCUCGCCGCCGCCACUACCAUGCUCGACAUCCCGUGGCUGGACGGCCUGCGGCUGAACGCAGAAGAAGAAGAAGAAGUAGAAGGAGAAAACGAGCAUGAAAAGCAACACCGCAUCCAGCAACGACGCAUCCUCGUCGCCCGCGGCUGGGGCCCCGUCCUGCGCCACGCUAACUUUGCUGACUUCCAGCAGUUUCGCGUAAGGCUGGACGCGCUCUAUGCGCCGUGGCCGGGAAGGCGGUUCAGGGAUUUCUUUCCGCGGGUUGAAGAGGGAGAGGGAGAGGGGGAGGAGGAGGGGUGCUUGGGCGAGAAACGCCAGGCUGAGUUCCUCACUGCGCUCGAGAAGCAUGCCGGGAUUGUGUAUCCGAUUCUCACUACCCGCCGUGGUCGCUUUGGCACGAGUAUCCAUCCGGCACGCGUGGGUGAUGUUGUGGCUGUCGUGCCGGGGUGCUAUGCCCCGGUGCUGCUGAGGCGGGAUAAAGAGAGGGGCGGUGUGUGGAGGUCGGUGUCGCAUUGUUAUGUGGAGGGGUUGAUGAGGGGGGAGGCGAUGGAGUGGUUGGAGAGGGGGGAGGUGGGGCUGGAGGAGUUGCGGAUUGUGUAG